GGUUUUUAAUUAAUAAUGCCAGGUUUAACUGUAUCUUUCUCCCCUUUUACUCACCCACCUCCAUUUUUUCCCCUAGGCUUUAUAUUUAUUCAAGAUCCCUUUCUUCCUGGCUGCCAGCGUCACUGGGUAAAGCAGUGUCUAAAGCAAUACACCCAGAAACCCAAUGUGUGCAAUUUGGAUAUGCACAUGUCUCUUAAUGAGACCGCUGAUCUGUGGGAAAGGAGCCAGCAUCAAAUGCGAAACAAACAUUCCAGCAAAUGGGAGCCAAAAAGUUUACUGGAGAAGCUGCGUUGGGUCACUUUGGGUUACCAUUAUAAUUGGAAUUCAAAGAAAUAUUUACCUGAUCACUACACUCCCUUUCCACCAGACCUGACUUUUCUCUCAAAGCAAGUGGCUAAAGCUUGUGGGUUUCCAGACUUCCGGGCUGAAGCAGGAAUUUUGAACUACUAUCACCUUGACUCAUCUCUAGGGAUACAUGUAGAUGAAUCUGAGCUGGACCAUACUCAACCCCUUUUAUCAUUCAGUUUUGGGCAGUCAUCCAUUUUUUUGCUGGGGGGCCAGAAACGAGAUGAAGCCCCUGUGGCCAUGUUCAUGCAUAGUGGGGAUGUGAUGGUCAUGUCUGGCUUCAGCCGUCUGCUGUACCAUGCAGUCCCCAGGAUUCUGCCCAACCCAGAGGGGAAGCCAUUGCCUUCUUGUAUGGAACUACCUCUCCCUGCUAACCUUCCAGCAGACUCUGUUAUUCAGCCCUGCUCCCAAGAGGACUGGCAAGUGUGUGCCAGAUACCUGCAAACAUCCCGUAUUAACAUAACUAUCAGGCAGGUGCUGGCUGAAAGUCAGAGCUUCCCAGCUGAAACUGAGACAAAAGAAGAACAGUCAGUUACUAUAAGCUCUUAUCAGGAAGAACACUGAAAUAAAAAUGUACAAGUAAUAUCAA